CGAAAACAGCCUUCAUGGACCAGAUGUCCGAGGAAAUGGACGAGGCCUAUCAGGCCCGGAUGUUGCUUCUGAUUACCGAAGCCAAGCAACAGUCGGAUGCAGUAGCAGCCGCAACAAAGAAGAAGGCAGAGGACGCCGAGAAGGCACAUUUGUUGGCAAUUGAACAGCAGCGCCAGCAAGACGAGGCAGCAGCAAAGGCUGCCGAUGAAAAACAACUUCAACUAUGCGAGAAGAUAUUCAGCGGAGAGCGAGCUUUGCUCACAAUGGCAGCGGAUUGGCGGGCCGAGGCUGAGAAUGGGAAGCUGGAAGAGAGUGGAAACAAGAUCGCUCUACUCCUCUCCCAUCUCACGGACCUCUUGGCCACGUGCAUUGCACAACAGGAGGACAUUCACAACCUUGACGACGCGGUUCAGACACACAAUCAGGUGUUUGAUCAACUCACCAGCCGCCUCCAGCAGCUGGAACAAACCGUCGCCGCCCCCGUUGCCAGCUCGUCCAACACCUCCGAUCGCCUCAAGGCAUUGGAGAUUGGCGUCGGAUCCCUCAAGGACGACGUGCAGUUCCAACAAACCGCAACGCAACAGUUGGAGCAGCGGAUCUGCACUGUCACCAACCACUCGAGCUCGGAACCGUGCGAGACAACUCCAAAGUUCGAUGGGAAGGAGAUCUUUUGCGACUCGACAAAGACGAACCCGAUUCCAUGGUUCCGCAAGUUCGAGCUCACGUUGCAGCUGCACUAUGUCAGCGGGCACAAGCAUCACGCAGUCCAAGUAUGGAGUGAUUUCACUAUUGCUGUGACAAGCAACGAGGCUGGAAAUUCUGCAACUGCUGCAGCCCCAAGAUUGGAACCAGCAGGUGCUGGUCCCAGCCACAUCGGUCCCUAUGUGGACCGAAAGGCGGUUCAAAUACCGUCUAAGUACGACGGCAAAGAAGAUAUCGAGUCUUGGAUCAACUCCAUGAGGGCAUACUUCAAGGUGCUGGGGACUCAACUUGAGACCCAGUCCGUGAUCAUGGGAAUGGAUGUUGAGCCGGUCGUGCUGGGUUUCUUAGAGGUCCGAGCUACGCGAGAUGGGAUUCCCAAAAUAGAACUAACAAGGUGGCUUAAGACCACCCCGGUUGCUUCCCUCGAGGAACUCCUCAUUUCACAAUACUUGGAUCCACAUGCUGCAGCAAGGGCAAGAAUCCAGCUUGACAAAAUCAAGCGAAACAAGUGGACGGGCUCCAUGAAAAGUCUGCAGACUUACCUUAGCAAGAUGUUCCCUACACCCAGAUUGAAACUAACUGCUCAAUCUUGCUUGGAUGUGGUCAAAGGCGCGAUUCCCACCAGCUUUACUAAUCGCCUAGGCAGGGACUUCAUUGGUUACACUGACUGGUUCACCUUGAUGAAGGACAUAGUCAGUCUUGAGGCUGUAGACCUCGUCACCACAGCAGGCAGCGAAAAACCCAUGGGCAGCAGGCAGUUCAAAGGCAGCAACCGUUUUGUUGAGCAUGACCUGCUGGAGGCUGAAGAAGAACCCGAUGCAAAUGACCCCACUCUUGGUGACGACCAAGAACAAGACUCUGAUACAACUUGUUCUUUGGCCCAUGAGUCUGAUGCGAACAAAGAAGAAGAAAAAUUUACUGCCUUUAAAAAGACUACCAAUGCAAAGGGACUGAAUCAGAGUGCAGGGAAGAACUAUGUCCAACUUCCCAAGGGAGUCGAGAUCCCACCUAAACCGGAGGAUGCAACUACUAAACCUUGGGUCGACCUCCGGAUUACUGAAAAUGACUGGCGGGGUAGACUCAAGAAAGGGUAUGAGCAUUUUGAGUGGGUGGUCAUGCCUUUUGGCCUCACCAACGCCCCGACGACCUUUCAAGCAGCAAUGACCAACGAGUUCCGUACGAUGCUGGACCGGUUCGUGCUGGUCUACUUAGAUGACAUUUUCAUCUAUAGCCGCUCAUUGGAGGAUCAUCUUGAGCACCUUCGACGAGUGUUGGAGACGCUACGCCUCACCAAGUACAAGGCCAACCUCGACAAGUGCGGAUUUGUCCGGCAAGAGCUGGAAUACUUGGGCCAUUUUGUCACACCGGAGAGCAUCAGUCCGCUAUCGGACAAGAUUCAAGCCAUCCAAGAGUGGCCGGAGCCGCGGAACGUCACAGAUGUCCGUUCGUUCCUUGGCCUUGCCGUCUACUACCAACGUUUUAUAAAGGGAUACUCGAAGAUCGCGGCCUACUUGUCCAAGCUUCAAUGCGAGGAUCGGCCGUUUGACUUCGGAGAGGAUGCGUGGGAAUCAUUUUUGGCUCUCAAAGCCGCACUAUUAUCUGCGGAGGUCUUUCGCAUCUACAACCUGCUAUUGCCUACGCACGUCACUGUGGAUGCGUCCCGUUAUGGCAUUGGUGCCGUCCUCGAACGACACGAUGGCAUGGACUGGCACCCAGUCGAGUACUUCAGCAAGAAAGUGUCAGUCGUGCACUCCAUUGAUGAUGCACGCAAGAAGGAGCUCCUCGCCUUCGUCCCCAUGCUCAAGCUGUGGCGGCACUUCCUCCUUGGUCGAAGUCAAUUCCGAUGGGUAACGGACAACAAUCCAUUGGUCUUCUACAAGACCCAAGACACCGUCAAUAGCACCAUCACCCGAUGGAUGACUUUCAUCGACCAAUUUGACUUCUUUCCCGAUCAUAUUUCGGGGAAGAACUUGCCGGCCAGCGAGGCACGCCUCGAGUAUCACUCCUUUGAGACAUUGUCUAGGAAAGCCUUAGAUUUGGAGGCCACUCUAGGAAAUGCUCAACCCUCUCUGAGUGAUGCGAGGAAGAAGAAGAGUCUACAGGAAUGGAAGAAGAAGGGGGCGAAGUUGAUGAUGGUUGAGUCCGAUGGGACUCAAACAGAGAUUGAUGAGCUCACAGACCUGCUAGACGUUUCAGAGUACGACGGCGAGGAGACCGCUGAGGGUAGCACCCUCGCCGCAGUAGUCAAGGCUAAGCACGCUAUGAAUCGGAUCUUCCAUGACCAUUUAGAUAAGUUUGUCGUGGUAUACCUCGACGACAUCCUGAUCUUUAGUAAGUCUGCCGAGGAGCAUGCAGAGCACGUUGAGACUGUACUCUCACUCCUGCGACAACACAAGUAUAAGGUCAAUCUAGAGAAGUGUGAGUUCGGUCGCACUAAGAUACUAUACUUGGGUCAUGAAGUAUCCGCGGAAGGGAUUAGGCCGGAAGAUGCGAAGGUGGCUAGUAUUCAAGAUUGGCCACGACCUCAGACUGCCACUGAGGUCAGAUCUUUCUUAGGAAUGUGCGGCUACUAUAGGAACUUCGUAAAGAACUAUUCUACAGUCGCCUCUCCUUUGACAGAUCUAACUCGACUUGACACGCCGUGGGACUGGAGUGACGAGUGCGAGGGUGCUUUCAAGCGAUUGAAACAUGCACUCAUGAAUCAUGAAGUUCUCAUGGUUCCCGAUCCUCAGAAGCCAUUCAUAGUGACCACUGACGCAAGCCAAUACGGCAUUGGCGCAGUGGUCGCUCAACAGGAUGGGAAAAAGUUGAGACCGAUUGAGUACAUGAGUAAGAAGAUGCCAUCGAAAAAACUGGCGAAGUCCACCUACGAAAGAGAACUCUAUGCUCUCUACAAGGCACUUGUCCAUUGGAGACACUUCCUAUUGGAAGGACAGAGUGUUUCCAUGGAUUUCAUGGAUACCCUGGUGACCAGCAAGAGUGGCAAGCGGCACAUCUUCGUCAUCAUUGAUCGAUUCACCAAGUACGCUAGACUAGUUGCCAUGCCAGAAACCGCAAGGACUGACCACGUUAUCAAGUUGUUCAUGGACAACUGGGUGCGUGAUUUUCGACUUCCGAAGUCGAUCGUUAGGACAUAGAUGUCCGAUUCACAAGUGAGCUGUGGAAGAAGACACCUGAACAAAUGGGCAGUCAACUU